AGGUUUUGAUUAGAGGCAAGCAAAGAUGCCCUACUGUCCCCAAGUACUCAAGGCUUUUGGUAGUUCCAAAACUUUUUAACUCAUUCUGAGUCUGCCUUCAGGCGCCAUCACCAUCAUAUUCACUUGUCAUAGCUAUAAUCUUUUCGGGUGAUAUCUGAUUCGUAAAGGUGCUACGUAAAUUUUUUUGCCUCCACUAAGAAACUGAAACACAAUGGACACAGAGGUCAGUAGACAUGAAGGGCGGAGCGGCUGUGUGAUGGGAAAGCCGCGCGGAGACGGACCCACCGUGUGCAACUUCUAUUUUUGCUACAACUUCAUCACUUGAAGAGAAGGAUCAUUCAACUAAGUAUUUGCUAGAACUACAUAUCAGCAUCAAGUGCUGAUUCGUAUAGAACUACAUAUACAUAUUUUUCAUUCUAAUUCGUUGAUUGCCUCUGCAACGUAUCAACACUUCUACAACUUCAUCACUUGAAGAGUUUGCGAGGAACCUCUAUUUUUGCAACAACUUCAUCACUUGUUUGAAGAGAAGGCUCGAUGUUGAUAGGUUCAUUUCAACAGUUUUGAAGUGGCUUCCACGACGAGCAGCACGACCGCGAUCUUCAGUUCGUCUUGUACCGAAAAAAGCUUUCCGUGUCUAUUGCCAAGUCGAUGUAAGAGUAAAUCUCAUCCUGCAAAAAGAUACGAAAACAUAAACACCGGCAUCUCCGAGGAUGGAGCAAUAUUCAACUUCAGUGAUCCACCUGAGGCAGAGCUACGAGCUUUCGCCUCUUCUAGCCUCUGCUGUGGUAGGCAAGGAAGUACGGGGGCUAUGCUUGCGGCAUCUGUUGUUGCGCCAGAACGCUGCUCAGGCCGAGGGGAACUCCGUAUUUCUCAACAAGACCAAUGAAUGCGUGCGCGAACUAGAAACUCAGAUGGCAGAGCAUGGCCUUCUUUUACGGCUCUUUUUCGAAGUGAAUAUUGUGAUGAGCUGUACUAUAUUACAUCUAUGUAUCUAUAAAAGAACAGAAAUUUUGAGGAAGGAUGCAAAUGCAACAGAGUCAGAGGUUUGAUUCUUGUGGGGGGUCAUGAGCCGCACUUGGAUGGUCUUCAUACUCAUAGGUUGUAAGGACAUUCAUCUUGUUCUAAUUCCUGUGUUUCGUGGACAGCAGGGGUGAACCGGCGAUGAGCAGGUGGCGAUCAGUGAGCUCUUCGGUGGUCGCGAAGUGCACUCCACCCACGGCGUGCACCCAAAAGCACCGAGUCGGCAUGUUUUCCGGCUUUCAAACGAGGGUAUGCGUGGGGUCGGACCACAGUGGCACAAUGACGGAUAUUUUCUUCGCGUCCCAUUUUCCCACGUGUUGUAUUACAUUAUCAAAACCCCAGCGCAGGGGAGAGGCGGCACGCAUUUCUGCAACACGUCGCGCGUCUAUGAUGUGUUGGAGGCGGCUGAGCAACAGCGCUGGGCCCACUUGUACAGUGUGAAUAGCAGCUACGGCUUCGUGCAUCCGGUGGUCGCCGAGCACCCCGUAACGCGGAAGAAACAUGUUUUUCUUCACUUGGGCUGGACCGGCGCGGUAUACGACGCGGCACAGAAGCGACUCCUAGACUCCACGGAGCUUGCGACACUGAUGCGGCGCUACAACGAACUGCUUUCGCGCGAAGACUUGUGUUACAAACAUGUGUACCAAGAAGGCGACGCGGUUUUCAUCGACAACCUGACGGUGGCGCAUCGCGCGGAUCCGACUGCGCACGAGGAGCUGCAGAGCGUGGAUGCAGAGGCGAUUAUAGAAAAUUCGGAGGAAAAAGAGGAUGAACCAAAAGCAAAGUUGCGUAUUGUGCAUCGCGUUACGAUCAAAGGGCAAGACGGAAUUCUUGACCCGCCACCAGAAGUGCUGCCACCAGUCCUGGACAUCGCAGGUCCAAAUCCUUUCAACACGGAUGGUGUGUGGUUUCACGGCAAUACCGGGUUCGAAUGGGAUUCGGACAAAAGACUGCAAAAUUGAAGCGGUUCAUUUUGUGCAUAUCUCAUAGCGCUAGGAAAAUGUUUUAGCUUUUGUUUUUAGCGUCAUAAAUCAACGCCCGGGCGAGCAGCAGCUAGCAAGCAUGUGUACCUAUUCUACCCAAACAAAAAACACUUAUUGAGAUUCUCUAUGCCAAUCAUGGUCAAUAUUGGACUUGAUUAUGCAAUGUAGCGUUUGAGACCCGUACUUGCCUCGUUCAACAGCGUGACUCCUGCCAUUGUGCCGCUUUGUUCUGUUAU